AGUGGAAAAAAAAAGAGAUGGAAUGUGAAGAAUAAACAGAGGGAAUUAAGAAUUGAUGAGAAGAGAGUUAUAAACAGAAAAAAUAAAAUUAGAAAAAGAAAAAAGAACUGGGUAGAAAAGAAACGGGAAAAAGCUCUCCAGCUGUUCAGGCUGAGGCAGAUCAACAACGGUGUCUUUGUCAGACUCAACAAGGCAACACUGAACAUGCUGAAGAUUGUGGAGCCAUACGUCGCUUGGAGAGUCUCCAACCUGAAGACAGUCCGUGAGCUGAUCUACAAGAGAGGCUACGGAGAGGUCAACCACCAAAGGAUUGCCCUGACUGAGAACUCUGUUGUUAAGAAAGAACUGGGCAAGAGGGACAUCAUUUGUGUCGAGGACCUUAUCCAUGCGAUCAUGACUGUAGGCCCCAACUUCAAGUAUGCCUCCAACUUCCUCUGGCCAUUCAAGCUGAACUCUCCCCUGGAGAUUGAUGCCCUCGUUAGACAAAUGCUGUAA